AUGGCAGAGCUAGACUCUGUCGAACAGAGGGAGCAGGAAUCGCUCGUCCAGAACGGCUCCUCCGACGAUGUCCAGGUCCCGAAUGGCCACGCAGAAAACGUCGGCGGACUACCGCCGAAAAAGAGGAGGAGAGUUGCAAAGCCGAAUCCAGACAAGAAAUUCGAGUGUAAACACGAAGGAUGCGGUAAAAGCUAUUCUCGUGCUGAGCAUCUUUAUAGACAUCAGCUAAACCAUACACCGAAAACCAUCUAUCGGUGCGACUAUCCCGAUUGCAGUAGGUAUUUCGUACGACAAGAUCUUUGCAUUCGACAUCGGGAACGACAUACAACCCAUGGCUCCCAACUCCACAAGCGGGAUACUUUUGCGCAAUCCACCUCUAACAACCAGAUUACGCCCGCAAUACCACCCCAGCACCACCUCGGUCAACCUCAAGCUUAUCCAAUGUCCGCCCCCAACGUCAAGAGUGCUCAGGAAGGCCAGCAUCUCGGUCCGCCCUCGGGCCACCCUGUGGAUGGUGGCCACUACGGACAACAGUCCCACCCAGCCAACAAUACUGUCUCUCCAUCGACAGCGUCCACUGAACCGAGAUUUCAUCCUCCAACGCCGCAGAACGUCGCUGCCAGGCCAGAACCCCCUUUACAUCGCACCGGCAGCCUUGGCAGCAAUCCGAUGAGUCCACCCCAAAAACAGGAGCACGCAACCUGGACUUCAGUUGUCCGAAGACAAAGUUUCAACAAUGCGGAUCAGAGGCGGGACCAGGGGCCUUAUGCGUCGAUGCAGGCAAGAGACAGGAACUCGGGACAACAUGUCCCACAGUCUCCUAUUCGGCAGUUCUCCGGAACCUCUGUAACACCUCUCCAACCGAUGAGAUCACACUCUGACAGUACUAUCGACAGGAGUAUGUUGAAUAAUGGUUAUAUGCAGUCCGUUGACAUGGCCUCCGCUGUUGCCUAUUCUUCUGCAGGCUAUCCAGCUGCCGGUGUGUCUCGAACGGCAGACGCUGCGUUUGCCGCUGCGGUCUCGCAUGGACUGACGAGGAAUGACCCAUUCCCAUACUCCCUGCUCAAUACUAGCAUGUCGAACGUAGACAUCAAUACCGGUUUUGGUUUUCCGGUCUUCGGUGGUGACGAGUUUACUCAGACGCCUUUUACAGUAGCCGAUGAUUUUACGCAAUGGCUCUUCAACGAUGCCCGAUCUGGCUCCAAUGAUUUCUCACCGCCAAACUACGUCCCUGGCUACAGCGGCCACGAGCAGCAGCAAGUCCAGGGUCCUUAUUUCUCCCAGAGCCCUUCGUCGUCUGGCAACAACUACUCCACAAGCGCCCCCUUGCAUCAUCCUAUGAGUGUUACCAGUAUUCUCGAUUCGACUGUCACUAGCCAGUAUAUAAUGUCCGAAUCUAAACGCCACGAGCUCCUCGAUCUGAUGCAAACUCAAUUUGUUGAACGUCCCCACGACGCGGUGAAAAAGCGAAAGGACUCUGUGUUCGAAGGUGACCUUGACAACGAUGGUCAUAUCUUGAGUUUGAGAAUGAUGCACACUUAUAUUGGUUCAUAUUGGUAUCACCAACAUGCGCAGUUGCCCAUCUUACACAAGCCCACUUUUUCUGCCGAUCGGACUCCCAACCUCCUCCUCCUUAUGGUCAUUGCAAUCGGGGCUGCAACUUUGGACAAAGCUUACGGCACGACUUUGACGGAUUCUGCAGCCGAGUUUGCGAACUUCGUUGUCUGGCAUCUACGCUGGGAAAUUGUCCGAGAUGUCGAUUUCAGACCCCCCGCAAAACUCUGGGUCUUCCAAACCCUCCUACUUAUUGAGGUAUACGAGAAGAUGUAUGCAACCCGGGCGCUGCAUGAGAGGGCGCAUAUUCACCACGACUCGACCCUGACCCUUAUGCGCCGUGGCAGCUCCCUCCUAGGUCGUUCAGCAUCAGAUUCCCCGCCCAGUUUACGAGGGGAGCAAGACAAUGGGAGGAUAUCGGUACCAUUUUCCGGAGCGGAAGCCUCAAAGUCGGAAGACUCAUGGCAUCGAUGGAUCACCACUGAAGCAACGCGUCGUGCCGCGUUUGGAGCAUUUGUGCUUGAUUCCAUCCAUGCAACGAUGUUUGGUCAUGCUGCAAAAAUGGUUGCACAUGAGAUGCGGCUACCGUUACCAUGUGAUGAAGGUCUGUGGUCAGCUGUCUCUCCUUCCGAGGCCGCUCGAGUUCAAUCCUCGCUGCAGACCAACGGAAUCAAGCCAAUCAUGUUUGUUGAGGGUCUAAAGAGAACGCUAAAUGGGCAGAGGGUGCGCACAAAUUCCUUCGGCCGUACCAUCAUUAUGGCGGGUUUACUAUCGGUCUCCUGGCAUAUGACUCAAAGGGACUUGCAAAUCUCUUCCCUCGGGCCACGAACAGCAAACUCCUUUGGAGGCCCAGACAAAUGGAAAGGAGUCUUGUUGCGUGCCUUUGACAACUGGAAGCGAGAUUUCGACGAAGCUUUGGCAGAGGCCACACCGGCCCCGUCCUCCCCGCUGCGAACUCCGGUGGCACCCCUCCACCCGAUCUUGCGCCCUGUCGAUGAUGAAAAUAUCUUCGAAUCACGAACAGUUCUGCACCAUCUUGCUCACAUUGCUGCUCAUGUCGAUGUUGUCGACUGCCAAGUCUUCGCGGGCGCCAACAGACUCCUUGGACGCUCAAUAACCCCAAAGGAUUACAGUGUGGUACGUGAGAAGAUUGAGCGGUGGGCUACAAAAGCGUCGGCAAGGGAUGCAGCAUUUUACGCCCUCAAAUUUAUUGUUCAGGUUCUCAUUCCACCAGACGGUGAUGGACUGGAUGGGAUUAGCGGUCGCUUGUACGGUCACGCCAGCCCUAUCCUUCCUCAAGCAUUCGAACACAACCAGUACAUUGCUCGUGACGAUUUUCUGUUGAACCGCCCCUGGGUGCUGUACAUAUCAGCACUCGUCGUGUGGUGCUAUGGUUUUGCGCUCGAGGGCCCCAUCAAGCCCUCCCCAACCGAUGCAGAAUUCGAGACCUAUGAGCAAAAAGAGCGCGACAUGCGGCAGUAUCUGGAGAGAGUCGCCGGAGUCCGGGCUCCCGAUGACCUUGAAAACGUGAAAGGCAAGAAUCGAUGCCUAGGGUUGCUCAUGAUUUUGAAGGAGUCCUUCGAGAGCACAAGAUGGGAGCUUACUCAUGAAGCUGCGGGCUUGCUGGGUAAUGCCUGUUCCAAACUUCGAGGCAUUGAUGAAGACAAAAUCGUGGGCCCCGGUAGUUUGGCAAGAGACGAUCCCAGUUUGACGUCAAACGGCUAUUUCUAUGGAAACUCCAACGGUCACGCUCACUCUAGCCUGCAUCGUGAAAACAGUCGAGAGCAUAUAACUGUCGCCAACGCUGCCAAGAUUUAG